AUGCUUUCCCGACCCAAGGUCGUUGUACUACCCGUUACCGACCAAGUAAUCCAGCGUGUUGAAGCUUGGGCUGCUGCCGAAGGAGUGGAUGACACGGAACAAGAUUACUUAGAAGAAGCCUUUGAUCAGGACUAUGAACCUGAAGAUGAAGAUGAACGUGAUUUCAAUCUACGUGGACAAUUCGAUGAUAUCGAUGACUCCAAAAGAGAAGAGCUCUUGGCCGAUGCAGACAAUGAUGUCGAUGAUUUGCCAGAACUCACUGUCAGAUUCUGUGGAGAUGAGAUUAUGACGAUGAAUCAGACGACAAUUCCGGUGAUGAUGGCAAUGAAGAGGAAGAGCCUAUUGUGA